ACUCACAGUUUAGGUGAGACGGGCUUCAGUGCUCGGGCAGGUAUGACGGCAGAUUCACGUUUCUUUGGAGACUGCGUUAGACACUACGCGUCCUGACGCACAAAGAGCUUUACGCACAGAAGUCUGCUAGUUAUUGUUUUCUGCUGCAAAACCUCUGAGGAUGAAGUUGGAGGUGUUGUGUGGAUGUCAUAACGUGAAACACUUGGAGGCGACCGGGGAAGCAGAGAGGAAACCGAGGUCUCUUGCUUCUGCAGAGGAAGAGCUGGGGUCGGACGGAGACUGCGUGGCGCACAGCCCUCCACCACCUGCUCCCCCGUGUGGAGGGGGUAAAUCCAAACCGUACACGCGCAGACCAAAACCCCCGCUUUCUUACAUCGCUCUCAUCGCCAUGGCAAUUCGAGAUUCCCCCUCUGGACGCCCGACUCUGGCGGAGAUCAACGAUUAUCUGAUGAAGAAGUUCCCGUUCUUCAGAGGCAGCUACACCGGCUGGAGGAACUCGGUCCGACAUAACCUGUCUCUUAAUGACUGCUUCCUCAAAGUGCUCCGGGACCCGUCUAGGCCCUGGGGGAAGGAUAAUUACUGGAUGCUGAACCCUCAGAGCGAGUACACCUUCGCUGACGGUGUGUUCCGGCGCAGGAGAAAACGCAUCAGCAAGAAGUUCCACCGGCAGCAGGAGGUGUCCGGGCGCGCGGAGGAGGCACAGAUGAAUCCAUCAUCUCCAACCACCGACUCAUGUCCCAAGUUCACCAGCUCCUUUGCCAUUGACAGCAUCCUCAGCAAGCCGUUCAAGGGAGACCUAACCACGAGGUCCACCCCUCUUUACCCUGCGCUCGUCUGGCCACCGUACUCCGGACUUCUGACACCUCAUCCGAAUCCACCUGCUUUAUAUUCUUUUGUUUAGUUAUUUGGACUCAGUCGGUGCAGAAGAGCAUAAAAACAGACUUAUUGAUUAAAACCAUCAUGAGUUUUGAGGAAAAGAGGUUUUGUUUUGUGUGGAAACUUUAACUUGAAUUAUUUUUGUGAUAAAAUUGUGUUUGUUGCACUUAAUGGUUGUUUUCCUUUCAACUGCAUGACUUUCUCUGCCCCCAGCAGAGAGCUAUGUGUUCUAAAUGUUACUGAAUUAAACUCUUAGCUGUGGGGUUUCACCCACGAACAUUCAAGUGCACUUAGAACAUUUUUUCCCUCAUUUGUUUCUAAAGAAACAUUUUUCAGCUGAAUAAAAAGUAACUUAUUAUGA